AUGCCGGGUGACCGACGGAUACAAGCAGCCGACCCAAUACAAGCAGCCGAAGCCGAAGCCGGCGAAACGGCUGCGCUUGCUUCCGUCAUAGGUGCAGCUGCAACGAUGGCGCCACCGCCGCCGUUGAUGCCGAGCAUGUCGGGACCCAUCUCGGACAUUGGUCUGCUGCUCAUCGAGAAGGAGACCCCGCCGCCCGGCUAUCAUGUGAUUACGCGGUCGCCGCUGGGACACUCGGCCAACCUCAACAAGGGCAUCAAGCGGAAAAGCCGCAAGCUCGUCCUCUGCUUCAAGCGCGACGCCUCCUGCUCUCGGCCGCUCACCGACAUUCGUCUGCUCUCAGACUCCGACCCAGUGCCACCCGGCUAUUCUGUUAUUGUGAAAACGUACGGAGGAGCGGAAGCGGCUCUGAACGCUGGCGGCAAGCCCAUGUUUCUGGCUUACACAAGACAACCCAUUUUGCGAGACUUGAGAGCUGCGCCGGUAAUUCCGUUGAGCGAAGCGCUGGGUGCGAACGAGCCAAUCCCGCCCUCGCCAAUGAGCUCAGAACACUCAAUCCCUCCGUUUGGAGCUUUCAACAAUGAGAGCCCGCAAGCAGAGACGGCGCUGCGGCAACGCAACACAUCUUUCACUUCCACCACCUCGUCCCUCUCGUCGUCACGAUCCUCGUCGUCCCUGUCCUCCGCUCCAAAUUCUGGAGACGACCCAAGCUCAUUACAAGCAUCCUCCUCCUCCUCCGUCCACGCUUGCUCUGUUGGUGACCGGAGCGGACCACAGGCGGACGGCGAAACUGGGAAUGAGAAUAGCAAUUCUGGGGCCACUUCGUUUGUCGACGGCGAUCAUGUGGUUGAAGGCCUGUCUGUCAUCCUACCAAACCGCAACGAGCGCGCGCCGGAUGGCUACAUUACGCUGUCUCGCUUUACCAACGGGGCGAUGACGCCUCUCUCGCGCAAGCGCGUGCACAUUUGCUUCAAGCUCAGUUCGCGUUACUCUGUGGCGCGUGUGUCCAGCAUGAUCGCGGAGGCUUUGCAUCCACCAAUGCCGAGCGCUUCCAAUCACGAGCUCCUGCCCAGCUAUCCUAGCGACGACGCCGCCAUGUCACCAACGGCGGAUUAUUUCGGCGAUCCGGGCUUUCUGUACGAUCUGCAUCUGCAUUAUUGGGCUGGUCGUGCGGAUCCGGUACUGAACGCCUUGUCAUCGUUGCCGCGGCCGCUGUGCAACUACGAGCUGCUCCUCCGCACCAAAGUGCACAUAAUGCAGCAACGGUAUGGUGCCGCGCUCGACGACUGUUUGCAGGCGAUUCGGUUGCGUCCGUACUAUUUCAAGGGGUUUUCGGUACUUGGACGAUUACUCGAGCGGCUCAACUUUCUGAACGAGGCUCGGUCGGCCUACCUGCUGUCCGCAGAGCGCUGCCUCCCGUUUGUAACACAGCCGCCUCAGGAGGGUUCGCUGCAGCCGCUUCCACCGGCGUAUUCCGAGUGCCCCACGGCGCACUUUUUCGUGACUCGGCUCUUUCCCUUGCAUCUCAAUCCCAACCGGCCGCCAGUGUCAGAGUUGCAGGCAACCGACGAGGCCGAACUCUUCGAUCCCGACGGCUUUGGAAAGCGGGCGCUGGCGCGAGUCAACCAUCUGCUUGCAGACCAGCUUCGAGUGCAAGGCAACACAGCCUUCCAGUCGGGCGCGACGCAGAAAGCCCUGCAGCUCUAUUCGCAAGGCCUGGAGAUUGAUCCGAGCAACGUCUUGCUUUACAGCAACCGCGCAGCUGCUUUCCUUGUCCAGGAAGAUUACCAGAAUGUGCUUCGUGACUCUGACUUGUGUCUCAAGCUCGACCCAAAUUGGAUCAAGGUCAUCAAAAGCCCUCGAGCAACUCGGCCGCCUGGAGGAGGCACUUGCAGCGACGGUGGCGGGGCACUUGCAGCGACGGUGGCGGGUCUCGAGGUGGCGAAAGACGAGCCCACGCUCAGUCGCUGCAGAACAGUGCUGGACUCGAGUGCAGUCAUGAUGAGCCCUUCCUUUGAAUCGAUCACAUCCAUCAAGACGCCACCUCCCUCUUACUCUUCCCAUCAGACCAGCCCCGCCCCAACGACUGCCGCUGUAGGGCUGCAUUGCCCCCAACUGCAACCAGCGGGCUCUGUGGGCUCUGGAUGGGCCCACAACCAAUAUGCCUCGUCCUCGCGAGGACACAAUGGCUCGCGUCCCAUCUCCUCUCAAUCCUAG